UUACCAUAUGGCCAGCAAUGGUUUGAGAGAUUUAACUUUAAGAUUCCCAGAUGGAAGAACUGCAACAGUGACUGUAGAUUUGCCAACUUACAGAUCUGCUGUAGAAGAAAAUGAUCAGUCAGUCAUUGAUGAAAUAGUGAAGAAUUACAAUGUCGCAAAUGAGAUACAGCAGCAGACUGAAGUUACAACUCAGAGUAAGCAUCAGCAUGUUGCUGACAAUGAAGAAUGUGAGGAUCAAAGCACUGGAAACGGGAUGGAAUUUAACUCAACUAAUCGAUCGAGCGUGAAGGAGAAACAGAAAACUAAAGUUGCUAUUCAUCAUGUACAGGAUGAGGCCGAUGGUGCACAUUGUGACAACUUUGUGGAUGAAAGUGAUGAUUUAUCAGAUAAUUCUUCCGUCGAACCAACUAGUGAUCAUAAUGAAAGUUCUGACAGUCUGAGUGAAAAUAAGUUUAAGCCUGGUCCAUUAGGAACAAAAUUCAUGGAAAUUGGUGAACUCAUUAAAGUAAUGGGUGGGCCUUACACAGUGUUAGCUGAAGUUCCCGCAGGAAGAAAAGAUGGCCAUUAUUAUGUAGUUAAUAACAAAUUGAACUAUGAACGGAGGUCAAACGGUAAGAGAGUGGAAUUCUGGGAUGACUGUGGGUCAUGGGCAAAUGGUACGUCACCCAUUUUCACGUUUAUUCAUAAGGGAGGUAAACUUAUCUCCAUUCAAAAUAGAUCUGGGAUUUAUUGUAUUGAAAAACAGAAACAGAAAAAGAAAGUAUAUGAACCUCUAGAGCCCCAACCGUCUGGAGAGGAACUGCUUAUUAUCAAACGCUUAUACAAUACUUUGAGUGCUAGUGAUAAGGGACUUGAACAAUUUAGAAGGAAAUGCACCUGGAUUGAAAACAUACCGUCGUCAAUGCCAGAAUUAUCAGUAGACAUUGCUAUAGUGGAGUAUGUAGGAACAUUUCCUGGAAGAAAACCCCACGGCAAAUCUAUUGUAUACAAAAAACCGUACAUUCGUACAAAACCUAGUGUAAUACGUGAGUUAAAAGGUCAACUUAAAACGCAAUCUGUGAAAACUGUUAUGAAUGGUAUGAAUAAGAGCACAAAAGAUGACUUUUCAAAACAAAGAAACGCGACACAACUAAGGAAUUUUAAAUACCAGCAGACCAAACUGUCCUCUAAUGCUUUGUCAAAGGCAGACAAUAAAAUUAUAAACCUGGCAGAAAUGGUGAAGACACAUGACCUAGUGUAUAGUGUUAAGCAUAUUAAGGGACUCCAGGACCCAGUUAUAACUCUGUGCAACGAUCAACAAAUAACUGACAUAAAACGUUUUUGUGGGACAGGGAGAACAGUUCUGGGUAUAGACAAGACAUACAAUUUGGGGGAUUUUCAUGUUACGCCAACCGUAUAUCAAGAUUUAUCUGUCAUUCGAGAAAGCAACGGACAUCAUCCAAUAACAUUCGGACCCAUUUUCAUUCAUACAAAUUCAUCGACUAAAACGCUGUCAUCAUUUUUUCAUGAUAUUGCUGAUAACUUAUCUGAGGACGAAUUGAUUAACCUUGUUAUUGGAUCCGAUGAUGACAAUUCCUUUAAAGUCGCAAUUGAACGUUGUUUUCCUGAAUCUACUCAUACUCUUUGUACCCGACAUCUUCGACAAAAUACGGACACUUAUCUGAAAGAUCAAGUGGGGUAUUCGAAGCCCGUUAGACAACAAAUAACCGAGGCCAUUUACGGUGAUGACGGCCUGACGUUUACUGAAGAUAUCAACACCUACAAUUAUAGACUGGACCGUCUGAAAGAAACAAUCCAGUCACUAGAUAGCAAUGCAGGUGGUAAAACAUUUCUGCCAUAUUUCAAUGAUAAACUUGUACCCGUUUUAAAAACGUUCGUGAUUGAUCCAUCAAACAAAGGAAAACUUAAGCGCGGGUGGACAAACAACAAAUGUGAGUCCGCAAAUCACUUACUGAAAUCAGCAGCACAAUGGAAACACAGCGAUUUACCGAAAUUCAUUAAUUUGUUAAAUGACAUUGUGACAGGGGAGGUAAUCGAGCGUUGUCGUGCAAUUCGCGGUAUGGGUGACUUCGAAUUAGACAGUAUGUUUCUACAUCACAAAAUAGACAUUGACCGAUGGUCAAGCAUGAGCCAGGAAUGUAGGGACAUUAGAGAAAAAAUGUUCUUAUCGGAUAGUGGAAAAUUAAAUAUAAACACAACGAUGUCCGCCAAAGGAUCUAGAACAGUUAAAAGAACACCAACCUCAGGCGGAAAAACACGACAAGUUAAACGUAAACUCCCCAGAAGUUCGAAAACACCUAACUCAAAACGUGUAUUAUUGGCAUAGACUUGUAAGAACUCUUGGCAAGCGUUAUUUUUCAAACAUGGUUUUAUAUACAGUAGAACUUCUAUGAGUCGAACUUCGAUUAGUCAUUUUUCUCGAUGUGUCGAAGUAAAAUGAAAGUCCCGAUUUUUUCCCUUAUAUAUUCCUUAUAAAAACCUAUCUAUGAGUUGAGAUUUUAUGUGUCGAGUUUUUCGAUGUGUCGAAGUUUUUUCGUGGUCCGUAUGGAAUAAAUCUAGUACAAUUUACCAUAAAUAAGUCGAAGUUAUUCGGUUAUUUUGACACCUUCGAUCUCGAGACAUUUUCACACCUUUUCUGGCCGUGAAGACGAUUUCCGAUCAACUUUAGUGACAGGUGUAAAUUACACAGCCGAGUGUUCAAACAGCCUUUGUAUGCGUUUAAAUGUGUGAAAAAAUGCUUUAAUUACUACUAUUUUAAUUGCCCAAGCGGUAUUUGAAAGAACAUGUAAACAGUAAGAACUAUCAUUUGAGUACUUCCGUGACCCGGUGUCGCGUGAUAAUCACUCGCGAAAUAUUUACUAUAAGCUGGUUUAGUUAUUGCCCUUUCGUAUUGUUACGCCUUUUGUAACUUCAUUGUAUAUGUCAACAGGGAGUCCAAAUCAUUAGCUGUGAAAAGUUAACAUGUCACAUUUAUCAUUUUAUAAUGUAAAAUAUCAAAUUAAUGAACGAAAGAAAAACAUGAAAUAGGUUAUGUUAUAAAUCUUAUAAUUAGGGCUAGCCACGGGUUGAAUUUUUGUUAUGCAAUUCAGACCGAUUCAUGAGUCGAAGUCCCGAUGUGUCGAAGUUUUUACGCAAGUCCCUCCAACUUCGACUUACCGAAGUUCUACUGUAUGUUCUUUAUAAUACAUAAACCUGUUGUCAAUGUUUAUUGUAUGUAUGAUAAAUUGUAUCUGUCUGAGGUUUGAACCAUGUAUCCAAUGCCUGUCUUGAUAAACCGCGCCAGUUUGUUUGCCCAUAUGUAAUAUGUGUUGAUAUGUUAUCAAGAUUCUUUAACCCUUUCCCCCAUGAGCACAUUGUGAAAAAUGGCCGUUUUCACUGAAAAGCCUGCUGUUACAAGUUCAAACUGCUAUGAAACUAUGAAAAAUGCUUCAAUAUUAAUCAAACUUGGCACAAAUGUUGACUGGACCAUUGCCUUUGUAACAACAUGCUCAGUCCUUAAUUUCCUGUUACCAUGGCAACGAGGGGGCAUCUCAAAAUUGCCAAAAAUCACUAUUUUGCCUCGAUUGUUUCCAUCAAAAUUUAUUUCAAAGUGCUGCAACUUCUCAAGGGAUUGAGAUAGAGUCAAAGGCUUUUCAGCAUUGGUUACACGUUACAUUAUGAUCGACCUGGGGUCAUUUUUAGCCUCUCACAAGUCCAAAAUUUUCUUGGCGAAAGUGCGUUGUUUCGCGUAUAUAUGAGGUAAAGGGUUAAAGCAUAAACUGUUAACCUGUUGUUAUGUUUAUUGUAUGUAUGUUGAAUUGUAACUGAAUUGAAAUUUAUGAGUAUCUUUACAUGGGUAAUAACUUUUAUAAACAUAUAUUUCUGUAUCUCUCUUUCUUUUCUUGUUAUUUUAACUUUUUUUAAUAACAUCAGGUUGGGCCAUGAGAGAGUUCCUCUCCGUUGUAUGAGCUGGGUAUUACAUUUCGCAAUCACAAUCAAAUCCAUUAAUUUAUUUUUAGAGAACCUUUGACGAAAUGUAAUAACUCAACAAACGAAAUUUUAAAAUUGCUUUUGUUCACUAUUUUGAAUAAAGAUUACUAUUAUUAUCCAAAUAGUAUUGCGCCAAUGAAUAUGUCUUUAUAUGUAUUUAUAUUUCAAUGAUGAGUCAUAACUUUAUUAUAUUCGAAAGUAUAACGAAAUAAAAAAUAAACUGUUGAUGGAGCAAGCGUUAAGAAUAGAAAAAAGUUCAAUUAUUUGUACCCUGUUAGGCGUUUAGAAAAAGAAAAUUUUAUAUAAAAUAUAUA